AUGGCCGUGUUUGCGUUACCAGGGGGCUUCAGUCUGGGCCAAGUAGUCGGCCUCACCACGAUCGUGGUGGCUCUAUACCAUGCCUUUAACAUCAUCUACAAUCUCCGAUUUCACCCCCUGGCGUCUUUCCCAGGGCCCCUGGCUCACCGCGCCUCACGCAUUCCUUACACCCUCUCGAUCCUCCGAGGUCGCCUUCACACCGACACGGCAGCCCUGCACCGCAGAUAUGGGCCGGUCGUUCGCGUCGCGCCGAACGAAUUGGCAUUUGCGGACUCGUCGUCGUGGAAGGAUGUACACGGCGGCGGGUCCAAGGAGCUGGCCAAGUGGGGGGAAGCGUAUCUCGUGCCCGCGUUCAUGGCGCCUCACCUACAAAACACUGUUGAUAAGGAGCACCACAAGAUGCUCCGCCGGGCUGUGGCGCCGGGGUUCAGCGACCAGAGCUUGCGGGCGCAGGAGCUACUUAUCUCCAAAUACAUCCAGAAUCUCACCGAGAGGUUAAGGGAGUCCUGCAGCGCUGGGAGUGGUGUUGUAAACUUGGAAAAGUGGUAUCGCUUCACCGUGUUCGACAUUAUCGGCGACUUGGCUCUGGGCGAGUCGUUCGGCUGCCUCAACAGCGCCGAGUUCCACCCGUGGAUACAGGGCAUGAACGAUGCCGGCAAGGCCAUGUGGCUGCUAACCGCUCUGAGCAUGUACCCGGUCCCCAGGAAAGUUUCCAACUGGAUCUUCGAGAAAGUGGCAACGAAGGGCUUUGAGCUGCAUAACAAUUUGGUGAAGUCAAUGAUGGAGAGGCGCGUGGCUCAGGGUACUAAUCGUCCCGAUAUGAUCAACCCCAUUAUCAUGAAGAAGGACGAGUGGAAUCUCAGUGCGAACGACAUGAUCUCGCACGCGACGGUGUUUAUCGGUGCUGGGAGCGAGACGACGGCGGGGGUACUGACGGCUGUCACCUCUUUCCUUCUCGAGGACCCAGACAAGCUGGAGACGCUGAAGCAGGAAGUUCGCUCAGCGUUCAAUUCUGAGGCCGAGAUCUCACUGGAUGCUGUCAACAGCCGCACGCCCUAUCUGAUUGCCUGCACUGAAGAGGCUCUCAGACUGUACCCGCAAACCGGCGUGGCGUCUCUACGGGUCACCGGGAACGGCAACGAUGUCAUUUGUGGGAUCCCAAUACCGCCGAAGACGGUGGUAGGGGUUUGGCCGUGGUCGAUGUACCGCGACCCGAAAGCAUUCGUCGACCCCGAUGGGUUUCACCCCGAGAGAUUCCUUGGCGACCCACAGUAUGCCAAUGAUGAUCGUGAAGCAUUGAAGCCCUUUUCUACUGGAGCGAGAGAUUGUGUGGGGAGAGGCCUCGCUGUCAUGGAGCUGCGAAUCGUACUCGCCCACAUGAUAUUCAACUUUGAUAUGGAGGUACAGACCGACAGCAGGCACUGGACACGAGAUCAGAAGAAUCUCUUCAUUGUGUGGGAUAAGCCGCCCUUCAAUGUGCGGUUGAUACCCGUAGGGCAGGAAUUGGGACAGGAGACGACUCGAUAG